AUGCGGGCGCUUGACGAACAACUCAGUCUAAUACCAUCAUGUCGAAUCUGGAAGUACCCCAGAGCUCACAAACACAAUACUGCGACUCAUCCUGGCUCGACGUCGGCACCACCUCCGAGCUUUUCUCCCAAAACUGCUUACAAGUCACACACUCUCCUGCGCAACCGUCUCCUGUGGACAGACCAGCGCUCGAUAGUCACUGGCACCCCCGCCGCGCACCUUCAAGCAGUGCAUCUCAUUAAUGACAUACGACACUGUUCAAAGAAUCCCGAAAAAGCCCAAGUGCGCGAGGACAUCGAACCUGCAGGAACUCGUCUGCAAACGCCAGGAGUUCUCAGGAAAGGAUGCUGUGUUAGGGCUCAACGGACCUGCGAAUGCCAUCCUUUUGGAGCCGUCUUUCCAAAUAGACCUCGAACAAUAUGCCUUACGGUGCUUACAACGGUACCUGAGCAGCAGCUCAAGGCACUUGAUCAAAAGCUCAAAUCCGACAACAAAGAGUGGGCCGAAAGGGUGAAGACAAAUCCUACUGCGAAGCGUGAUUUAGAUAACACCCAGCCUCCAUAUGUUGUGAACAAGCUCAGUGUCCUUAUCCUGUCCACCUCUUUCCUCUUCAACGGGCGACCCAUUUCCGUCCUCCCGAAUCAUCACCGCCACCUUGCACCUGGAGGUGGUGUCGAUAAUCAGUCAACAAAUUACCGACAAUGGAAAAACUAUCACCGUUCCCAGCGCCUUGAAUUUGCGGACGAUCAAGACAACGCUCUGGAAGUUGUCAUCCAGGACAACCGUGAUCCCGGGGAGAAGCUGUCUAUCUUCGCCCUGCUCGUCAAUUCUUACAACAAGUUACAUGAUUUUGCUAAUCGUUGGCAAGCCAAUGCCGCGGCGGAUUUUGAGGACCCUGAGGGCUCUGUCCAGUUCAUCGCGAGUGCAGGUCCUAGCAGUGUCCAUCAACGCAACGACUACGGUGGGGAAGACCAUGAAAGCGACGAAUCCAGUUCCGAAAAUGACGAUGGGCUCAUCAACGGGUUGACCCACGCCGAGAUGAGGACUGUCAUCCAGCGCACAGGUGAUGGAAGUCUUUCUGGCGCCGAGCGAGUCAACGCGGCGAUGCUCAUUUUUUCCUUUGACGUGGUUCUUACGUUGGCUCUCUUCUUGCAGGACACAAAGACCCCGCUGAUGAGUUGA